AUGGGAUAUGAUUUCGCAAUGAUGGUGAAUGAACAUAUGGAGGCAACAGGUCAUGAGAAACGCACAAUUGCAAAGAUCGCUACCAAUCCAGAAAAGUCAAAGCAUCUAGAGACAGCCACCAUGGUUGUCUACGACAUGCCUUUAGAUUUUGUUAAUUUGCGCUCAGAAGUUUACGAUGAUGCCAGUCGCAUUCCUAGUGAAAUUACUUUUGGAACGCCUUCAGAAGACGCAUACCGCCGUGACAUCACUAUCAAUUCACUUUUCUACAAUAUUCACACACAUUCAGUUGAGGAUUUUACUGGCAGAGGGCUCGAUGACUUGAAAAAUAAAAUUAUCAGGACCCCUCUCGAGGCAUUUGAGACAUUCUGGCAGGACCCUCUCCGCGUCAUGCGUUGCAUCCGCUUUGCAGCCAGAUUUCAGUUCAAAAUUGCAGAAGAUGCCAAGCAGGCAAUCCUAAAUGGUCAAAUUAAACGAGCACUCAGAACCAAGAUUUCCAAGGAACGUAUUGGCGCUGAACUGGACAAGAUGAUUGACGAUGGCGCUAGCCGUAGCACAGCAAUCCAACUCUUGCAUGAGCUCGAUCUUUAUGAUGUCGUAUUUGCUCCCCCUGAGGUUGAUGGUACCGCAAGAGGGACAACAGCUGUACAAGGAAAUGUUGAAAACAGUGACGAGGCUUUCAAAUUGGUCUGGAUCAUCGAAUGGCUUCUAAAGAUCAACCCCAUUCCUGUCCAUGCUCCUUCAUCUAAUAUCGCCCAGAUUGUCUCCAAGGACGAUCCUUAUCCUGAAAAACUUGGUACACGAAAUUUGAUUUUGUCAGGCAUGCUGUAUCCUUAUCGUCACAUGUCUGCAACUGUCAAUAGGAAGGUGAUGUCUGCAGGGUCAUGGAUCCUACGUUAUGGACUUAAAGGAAAGAACCUGGAUAUCGAUAUAGUUACAAAGCUUAUGGAGAGUAUUGAUGCAGUGCGGGAUAUUGUAGAUACUUUGGCACGGAAUCCUGCUGUGGACGAUCAAGCCAUCCGAACUGAGAGGGCCAACAUGGGCAUGGUUAUUAGAGAUAUUGGUUUUGUAUCGGUAAUAGGCAAGAAGUGGCCAUGUGCAUUUCUCUUGAGUCUCAGCAUCGACCUACUUCCAAAGUAUGAGGCAUUACGCUCAGGAAUACUUGAUAAAGAAGCUAAGGCCACAAUUAUGAGGUACAACACAUUUUUAUCUAAGGCCGAGUCUUAUCAACUUGAUCACAGCUUUGCUUGGAAAUAUCUUGUUGAUGGUAAGGAGAUAGCAGGCCUACUUAAUGUCAAACCAGGGCCAAAGAUUACAGAGUUCCUUCGCAAAGUUAUGUGCUGGCAAUUGAUGCAUCCUCAAGCUACCAAGGAAGAGUGCCAGAUCUGGAUCCGGGAGCAUCCGACUCUCUUUUAUUGA